GAGAAUAGACAGAGAGGGAGAGGGAGAGGGAGAGGGAGAUUUGCAGUUGAAGAAGCAGUUGAGGGUUUCCCAGUUUUGCUUCUAUAAUAAACAAAAACCUGAAGGAAGUUAGGGUAGCAGUUGGCUUCCCUUCACACCAUCUGAGACUCUUGGAAUCAAAGCAAUCCCCUUUUGCGGUUUGAUUCUUGUUCACCAUCUGAUACCCAAACCUCACCUUCCUGUCUCAUUCAUUCAAUAGUUUGCUUCCUAUUGGGGCUCUAUCCAUAAGUACCCGUUAGAGGUUUUCAAAUUUUGUCAUAUGGUGUGGUGGUUUCAGGUGUGAAUUAUUUCUCAAAGUUUGAGUUUGAUUUUUGGUUUUUAUUAAACAGUUGGGGUUUUGAUGAUUUAUAGUAUAGUUGUUCAGUUGAGGGAGUAUUCUUGAAGUUGUGAGCUUUUUACAAGCUGAGAGGUAUAUAAAGCUUCACUAUUCAAUACUUGGCCACAGCCGCCACUCCUUCUAGGUGUUUGCAUAUAUGCUUAGCCCAAAUGAAUUUUCAUGAGUAUCUACGGCUUUCAAUCAAAACCCGGUUCAUGCUAUCAUAAAGACUCUUUGAAAGCUUGAAUCUUGCUUGGUUGUAUACAAAUUUUGUGCCAAUGAAUACCCGGUACUUUUCCUCGCCAGAUACCUUGUGUAAUUCAAGUUAUGCAGUUUCAUCAAAUUCUUCAGGAGAAGAAGAUCCUAUGGUUUUAGAGGCACAAAAUAGUCCUCCCCGUGCCCCGCCUUCUUCAUUCUUGAUAAGAUUGGCGAUGAGGGUGUCUAGAGCAAGGUGGUUCACCUUCUUAAGGAGGGUUUUCCACUACCAGAAUGGAUCAAGAUCCGAUCUUGGGUCCAACCCUUUCAAUUCCAGUACAUGGAUGAUGCUUGAAUUGAUAGCUUUAGUUGUUCAAAUAAGCAUCACAACCUUCACCGUCGCCAUUUCCAAGAGGGAACAGCCUGUUUGGCCUAUGAGAAUUUGGAUUGUUGGUUAUGAUAUUGGCUGUGUCCUUAGUCUGCUGCUGCUCUAUGGACGUUACCAGCAACUUUAUGUACCACAAGCUGAUUUGGAGCAACAGAGAAUCAGUGAAGAAUCAAGGAAUUCACAUUUGAUGAACAAAUGCCGGACCUCGUUGGAGCUUUUCUUUGCUAUAUGGUUUGUCAUGGGUAACGUCUGGGUGUUUGAUUCUCGCUUUGGAUCAUACAAUCGAGCUCCAAAACUUCAUGUGCUUUGCAUGUCUCUGCUUGCUUGGAACACUCUCUGCUACUCAUUCCCAUUUCUGUUGUUUCUACUGCUAUGUUGUUGUGUGCCACUCAUUAGCAGCUUCCUUGGUUACAACAUGAACCUGGGUUCUGCUGAAAGAGGAGCUUCCGAAGAUCAGAUUUCCGGGCUACCCAGUUGGAGAUACACAGAAGUUAACACCAAGUUAGAGCUUGACAAUGAUAUUGGCUCCAGUUCCACUGAUGAUCCAGAGUGCUGUAUUUGCCUGGCCAAGUACAGAGAAAAGGAAGAAGUCAGGCAGUUGCCAUGCUCUCAUAUAUUUCACCUCAAAUGUGUGGAUCAAUGGCUCAAAAUCAUUUCUUGCUGUCCACUCUGUAAACAGGAAUUGGAGAGAUAGAAAGUCAAUACCAACAAAUAAGAAAAGGCUACACAGUUUUUUAUUUACAUUUUUUUCCCUUUUCAAUAUGGUGUGAUUCUUGUGUACUUUUACUAGGUUCACUAGAGUGAGCUGUAUUAGAUUGUACAGUUGAUGCUCACCAGUGACCUAAACUAUACCAAAAUGUACCAUCUUUGAGUUUAUAAUUAUACAUGCAUCAGAGGAGAAUGUUGUCAAC